GCAACGGCUCUCACUGCCUCAUGUGUCUGUUGUGCGCGAUGUGCGGACGCUGCUGAUCAUUAUGGAUAUCUACCCGAGCGACAGCAUUUUUAGUGAACUCAAGUCCGUCCAUGACACAGGGUAUUUCAACGCACAGCUUUCCCUCGAAGACCGAUGGCAGCAGACUAUUCUCGAAAUGGAACGUUACCUGAAAGAAGAACCCAAGUCUUUCAAGUGCUUGGCCACGAGCCCGUGGGACCGCUUCUCUCUACAGGUCGAGCCGGUAGAAGAUCUCGAGAGCAGCGCCAGCAGCCUCACAGACGGUGGCAACAGCAGUGGCGCGGAAGACCGCCUUUCGGUGUCCGACCUGGACGCGGACAUCGACAAGGCGCCAGAAAACAAAAUUCGACGCCCCGGCGUCAAGGACUGCGGAGUCAGGCCCCUGCGAGGCUUCGAGGCGCUGGACGGCAGCAAACGCAGGAUCCACAAGUGCCAAUUCAGCGGGUGCAAAAAGGUGUACACAAAGUCUUCGCACCUCAAAGCUCACCAGAGAACGCACACAGGUGAGAAACCAUACAAAUGUUCGUGGGAAGGCUGCGAGUGGCGAUUCGCUCGGUCCGACGAGCUAACGCGACACUACAGGAAGCACACUGGCUCAAAGCCUUUCAAGUGUAGUUUCUGUGAUCGCUGUUUUUCUCGCUCCGACCACCUAGCGCUGCAUAUGAAGCGACAUCAGUGACACAGCGCAGGACCAAUGCCCUAGUCCAUCGCCUAUAUAUUUCUUUUUUUACAUGGACGCUUUUUGUAUGUCAUGUUUUUUAUACGAAGAAAGAACCGGUUUUUGCAAAUAAUCUUGUGACGAAAAAAACAACCCUGUUUGGUGUAUUCAGUCUGUGAAAGUCUCUUGCUCCAUUUUUUGCGCAAAUCAGCUUUUGAAUGAAGAACUAUCACCAUCUAAAAUUUCGUGGCAUAGGAUGCGAACAUUGUCAAUAAAUCAAACCAAUUGGACUCUUUUUGUUCUAGCGGCUUCAAAAAUCGCUAUGACUGCAAAUUGGAUUCAACUUCCGGUACAGAUGAAAAAUUAAAUCAAAUAAUGAAAGAUUGGGCUGUCAAAGGAUUGAAAACCACCACUCGGUGACUGUGGAACAGUCGAUGUCGUGUGAUUGCAACGGAUUUUGGAAUCCUUUCCGAUGUUAUUUCUUUCGAUUUCUUCGCAAAGUUCCAUUUCAGUCGAUGCUCGUCGAGAGAACAUUCCCCCGAGUUAUUUUUGUAAUUUUGCAUAUAUUUGUCACUGCCUUGCAUCGGAACGGGAAAGUGGCGUGGCGAUCGCAAUAGCCAGUCGAACUACUUCAUCAGCCGACUGCCAUUCCGACGCCAUUUUGCGUUGGUUGCGAAAGAAAUGUGCAUCAUCAUCAUUCAAACUGUUUGUGUUGCAAAAUUCAUAAAAGGCGCAAGUGGAAAAAAAAAUAUGUAACUACAAACAUUUUAUCACUAAUGUUAUGACUUUUUUUUCGAUUUGGAACGCCUUGGCCUCAACUAGUCGGUGCUUACGAGACACGAUCACACACCUAAGUUGCAUUAAGAACUGAAGUGAAAAAGCGUUAAGUUUCGUCAAAAUCAUUAUUACAUUACGCAUCUGUAUAUAUAUGAGAAUUGUUUGUUUUUGUCGUUAAACGUACCGUGUUCCUCAUGUUGAUUUUGUUGUGCGUCUGUAAAUAUAGCUCUUGUCUGAUACGAUAAAAAUUGGAAAGCGAAAAUGUUUUUAAAAAAAGAAUCAAACAUACAAAAUAUUCAUGUCAUUGGUGAACAGCUUACUGCAAUGCUUCAAUGUUAACUAAAGGAAAAUCACCGAAAAUAUGUAAUAUGCAGUACUUCGAAUCUAAAUGAAUUUCUUGUGCUUUAAAGUAAUUGCUGUGUAUCUGGAUUUCUCGAAUGCUUCUUGCUAUUGCUCGGAAGACAAACGAAUGCAUAUAUCUAUCCUACGUGAUGCGAAAUGAUUGUGUGAUAUCAGUUUUGUGGGUACUUUGCUGACUUGACUAGUAGCUCUGUUGAUGAAAUUUAUUAACUGGGUAUACUAUUGUUCAUGUGAUUUGCUAUUUUGGUACGAUUUGUAACGAUCAUUUGCAAUUUUUGAAUUAUUGAAAAGUUGGAAAGCUAUUUUGAUUUAAUCGACGCAUUUAAAGAAAAAUAAAAAAACGUACCCAGUCUUUAAAAAGUUUAAAAAUAAAGACUGGGUACAUCUUUUGCACGCAAAUGGCACAACCUUUGUCAUGAAAACUUUUUGUAAAGUGAAAAUUCAACAUUGAAAGCCUUAUUAGAUUAGUUAUUAUAGAGUUGUUUACGACAUGCAUGGCAAAGAUUUAUUAUGUAAAUUGUUUUCUUUAAAGAUAUAAUGCAUUUCUGAAAAUAAAUAUAUUUGUUUCUAA